UCUAACUGUCCGUACAGGGUGCACGGAACGGACCCAAAGAUUCUACUCCACAACUCACUCCUGUCUGUGUUUGAUUUUUUUUAAAACUUGGGAUUAUUGUAUACGUCUGUAACUGGCACAUUGCACUGGUGGUCUGCAGUGUGCAUUGCUGGAAAGAAUCGAAAUUACUCAAGAUCUCGCUUGCAAUUUAUUUGGAUCUAUUACAGAGGAGGCAAAAAGCAUUUCACUCCAUUUGAAGACUGCAGCUUUAACGAAGAAAAAGCAAGAGGUGUUUUGUUUUUGAGGGAGGGGAACUGGGCCAGUAUAUUGAAUAAGAAAUUGCAAAUCCCACAGAGGAAAAUCUUUUUUUGAUAUAUUUCUGCCCUUUCUUCGUACAUUGCGUUUGUGGAUGUGAUAGUUUGUUGCAUUUUUUUUGCAUUGGUUAUUGUUGCAGUUUUUAUUUUGCAUUGGUUACUGUUGUAGUGUUUUUACUCCAGUACCCUUUGCACAGUACCCUUUUAUAGCCGAAUGUUGCAGAUUGGUAAACUGUGUAGGUGUGAUCUGGUCCCGGAGCUCCCUGGCUGUGCUGGUGCACGGCUCUCUCCCCGGCUUGAUGCCGUCUGAUCUCCCUUUAUAAAAAUCCCCUUCCCUCUUUCCCCCUCCCACCCCCUCCUCCAAGGAAAGGCGAUAGCGAGAAGGGAGGAAAAAAGGACAAGGUUGCAUUCUGAAGCUGCGGGGUUACAAAUUGCACUCCCCGGCUAUCGCGAUUAUAAUCGUCGCAUGUUCAGAUCCAAACGCUCGGGCCUUGUACGGCGACUUUGGAGAAGCCGGGUAACGGGGAGCAAUGGGCAAGAGACGGAGGAUUGGAGCGACCCGGCCGGAUCGUUAAACGAGCUCAAGUCAGUAACGCACUCGCUGCUGAAGAGGCUGAAGGAGAAGCCCUUGGAACUGCUGUCUCAGGCGGUGGAGAGCAGAGGGGGACUGCACACCGCUUGUGUCCUAAUGGCUAGGAACGAAGUUAGGGUUGGCAAGCAGACCUUGGCCCCUCAGCUCUUGCUGUGCAGACUUUUCAGGUGGCCUGACCUCAAGCAGCUCUUCGAACUCAAGAGGCUUUAUCCUUGCGAGGGUUUUUCCAGGAGCGCGGACCACACUACUGUUUGCUGCAACCCCUAUCACUUCAGCCGGCUCUACGGCCCAGAUUCUCCACCUCCUCCUUACUCCAGAUUCUCUCCAAAUGACGAGGAAAAGCCAUUGGAAUGCACAGUGUCCUACACUGAAACAGAAGCCACCAAUUCCCCAAAUAUCACACCUGGAGAUUUCUCAGAUGCCAGCCUCUCACCUGACACAAUGAAGCAGAGCCACUGGUGUAUUGUGGCUUACUGGGAGCACCGGACCAGGGUUGGACGCCUCUACACAGUUUAUGAACAGUCUGUCAGUAUAUUCUAUGACCUACCUCAUGGGAACGGCUUCUGCCUCGGACACUUGGCCCUGGAUAACAGGAGUGAGACAGUCAAAAGGACUCGAAGUAAAAUUGGCUAUGGGAUCUUGCUGAGCAAAGAGCCGGAUGGGGUGUGGGCCUACAAUCGGAGCGAGCAUCCCAUCUUUGUCAAUUCCCCAACGCUGGACAUUCCCAAUUCUCGGACUCUAAUUGUUCGGAAAGUAAUGCCAGGAUACUCAAUAAAAGUUUUUGACUAUGAAAAAUCUUGCCUUUUGCAGCAAGCUUCAGAUACUGACUAUGCAGAUGGGCCUUAUGACCCAAACAGUGUUCGAAUCAGCUUUGCAAAAGGCUGGGGUCCUUGCUAUUCAAGACAGUUCAUAACAUCUUGUCCCUGCUGGCUGGAAAUAAUGCUUAACAACAGAUAACAGUCAACCUCCAGGAAUGAAAUCCUAUAUUAAAGAAAGACCAGACUAUUCCAAAUAUCAUUUACCUAGAUUUAAUAUAAAGUUUUAUAUAUUAUAUGAAUUAUAUAUUAUACUUGUAAAUAUGGAGUCAUUUUUACAUUGUAAUUAUUUAUGUAUGGUGCAAUGUGUAUGAAUACAGAACACAACAGGAAAAUGCACUUUGGUUUAUAUAUACUUAUUCAACACCAGAUAAAUUAUACACCAAAAAUAGGAGGGAAGCCUAGGUUUGGUGUAUAGUUCUGCCGUACUAUUAGUACCAAGACAAAAAAGCUAACAUACCAG